AAAGGGGGGCGGCCGGGCCCGCUCGCCGCACUCGCCGGGCAGCGCCUGCUCCAGCUCCGCCGCACCGCCAUGGCCUCCCCGCACAAGGCCAAGGACGUCUUCUCCUCCUCCUCAUCCUCCUCCGACGAGGAGGGCGCGGCGGCCGGCGCCGAGGAGCCGCACAAAGUCAAGGUGUCCAGCCUGCCGUUCAGCGUGGAAGCGCUCAUGUCCGACAAGAAGCCGCCCCCCAAGGAGCCGCCGCUGCCCGCGGCCGGCGGCAGCGCCGACGGGGCGGCCGUGGGCACCUCCCGGAACCUGCUGCUGGCGGCCCACGGCUCGCGGGACGCGCACAGCCCGCCCGGGGCCAUUACAAAAACCUUCGACAGCGCCUCGGUCAAGUCGGAGAACUCGGAGGAUGGCUCGUCCUGGAUCCCUUCCGAGGCCGGGAGAUAUUCCCCGCCGCCAAGACACCUGAGCCCCACCGCCUGCACCCUGAGGAAGCACAAGACCAACAGGAAGCCCCGCACGCCCUUCACCACUUCCCAGCUGCUGGCUCUGGAGCGCAAGUUCCGCCAGAAGCAGUACCUGUCCAUCGCCGAGAGAGCCGAGUUCUCCAGCUCCCUCAACCUCACAGAGACCCAGGUCAAAAUCUGGUUCCAGAAUCGGAGGGCCAAGGCCAAGAGACUGCAGGAGGCCGAGCUGGAGAAGCUCAAAAUGGCAGCGAAGCCCAUGUUGCCGUCGGGGUUCAGCCUGCCCUUCCCCAUCAACUCCCCCAUCCAGGCUGCCUCCCUGUACGGCACAUCCUACCCCUUUCACAGACCUGUGCUCCCCAUCCCGCCCGUUGGACUCUACGCCACUCCCGUUGGAUACAGCAUGUACCACUUAUCCUAAGAAGAUCCCACAAAGCCUCAGACAGACAGACAGACAGACAGACAGACUUCCUGGUGGAUCCUGUCCAGCCCUGAGAAGGCAGAACCCCAACCAGUACUGGCCAUUCCUUCUGCACGCUUCUAUCUUGGCACCUGGGAGUUUGCUACGGGUUGGGCGUCUCCUGAGAGUGCUCUGAGCACUCAGAGUCUGCUCCUCACAGCCAAAAAAAAAAAAAAAAAAAAAAAAAAAAAAAAAAAAAAAAAGCAUAAAAAAACAACCUAAAAAUUCUUUUGAGUAAAUGUAGGGGUUUCAUCCAUAGGUUAAAAAAGAAAGGACGGGUGAAAAAGCAAUUUUAUCAUACGGAGGCAGAAAUUCCCUGACACCUCCCUGGCGGGGUUUAGAAUAAGAGGGGUGUGUGCCCUCGAGCCACUCUUUAAGUCGCCAUCACUUCACACGGGGGGAGGGAAAUAAAAAGGUCUGCUCGAAGUUUUGUUGUUCGGUUGUUUUUUUAAGGACAGCAGAGCCCGUAGCUAGAGACGUGUAAAUAGAAACUAGAGCCGGUAGAGUCUCGGUGAAGUUCAGAGCCAGCAAAUUCCUGCAUUUCUGGGGGGAGGGUGAAGUUUUGCAUCCCAAACCUCGGCGAGAUGAGCAGCAGGGCCCCUAAAGGUAGAGCCCAGCUUUCCCCACCGUGGCUCCUGUAAUGCCUUUCUGUGUAUA